AGUUUUGUGCAACAGAUGAACAAAGGAAAAUCUCAUAGUUCAACUACAAUGAAAAGCCCGACAAAUGAUGGAGGGAAAGCUGAGGAAUUAUUUGCAGCUGAGUCACUCGAGGAAUAUGCAGAGUUUAGUAGGGAUAAUGAAGAUGAUGAUGACAGUGAAGAUCAAGUUCAGCAAGGCGAUCCCAUUGAGGAGCGUUACGAGGAGUACACAGACACUGAUAACUUUCUAGAGGGCCAGGAGGGAAUCGAUGCUGGGACUGUUGAACGGGUUGCCGAAUCUCAUGCUCCGAGUGUGGAGCCUUCUACCUCGCAAUUGGAGGUUCCUCUCAGGGGUCUACCUCGCAGUUGGAGAGAGGGUGAUUAUUUGGUUUCACGUUAUCCGGAUGGGUCUGCCGGCAUGAGAUUAGGGGCACAAGAGGAGAUAAGGUUAACUCCUCGAACUUUGUUUGCUGAGGUUCGAGAGGAACAUAAAGCCAUACUGUCCAACAUCUUUGAACUGUGGCCAAGUACUUUCGUUCGUCUUGUUGGUGCGAGCUCGAUUAUUAGGAAGCUUGCCUUGGACUCCCGGGUAUCUUUCGUGGAGGGGUUGGAGAAUAUGAGUUUGCCUCAGGCAACACCUGGAGAUUUUGAUUCUGCUCGCGAUGGUUUGCAGGCGUUGACGCAUUUUCGAUUGGAAGUUGGUUGUCUUCGUAAGAGGUUGGACCAGAUGGCUGCGCUACUUGAGCUCCCGGUUGCACAGGACCAGUUGGAGAAGGUGGGCAAGGAAAUAGAAGAGAUGGAGGAGGUGGUAAGGCGAUUGAAAGACAAGAAGGAAGGACUUGUGCGGCGCGUAUCCGAGCUUGAGAGUGCCAAUUCGGGGGGUUCAACAUGUCUAGUCACGCGGGGCAGGGUUUGAGAGGGCAAGGGAGUGCGUUUUACUUGGGCGGUUCCACCUUUUUGGUUUAUGCUCAUCUCCCUUGUUUUAUUUGGGGUAGCUAUGUUAUAUGGAUGCUAGCAGU